AUUGAAAUUGAAGCAUGGUAAGAAUAAAAUUUGUUGAUCGCAACGUUGUUUUUUCUUUAUAAAAAUAUAAAAUUCGUAUAAAAUUUUUGUUUUUAUGCAGCUCAAAUGUUAAAUAAUAAUUCUCUUAAGAGUUUGUUGAUUGAAGAUAUAGCAUUUCGAUAUGACUGGAGUGAUACCGACAGUGAGGGUUAUGACGGAGACACUGAAGAAUUAUUGGAUAAUUUUCAUAAAAUUUUAGUCUUCAAAUCUACAGCUGAUAGAGAUGAGAAUAAUUUGCAGUUCGUUAGUGAUGAAAAUUCUUUAAAUGACGAUAGUAUUAGCUCUGAACCAUUGACGGAUGAUGUAAUCAAUCAGAAAAAUGUAUCAAGUAAAGAUGAAAAUUCUGUUACGGAAUGUUUUUUUAAGUUUUUUACAGAAGACAUUUUGAAGGCAAUUGUUGAGUGUACAAACACACAUAUUGCUGAGAGUAAGAAUAAUUUUUCAAGAGAAAGAGACUGUCAAGAUAUUAACAUUGAAGAAUUACGAGUUGUUAUAGAUCUUCUCAUAUUAACUGGGCUAUUCAAAUUAAAUUCAAAUUUAGAUGAUUUGUGGGAAAAAGGUGGUAUUGGAGUCGAAUUGUUCCGGCUAACAAUGAACUUAAAAAGAUUCAAAUUUAUACUACGCUAUUUACACUUUUCAAUCUAUAGUAAUUGCGAGUCAAUAAAACUGGAUAAUAAUCCAAAUAAAAUGGAAGAAAUUAUUGAAACGUUUAGGAAAAAUUGUAAAGAAAAUUUUGAUGUCGGAAAAUCUAUUACUAUAAGUCGAAAACUAUUGACACAUAAAAGUGAUUCAGAUAGAGCUGAAAAUAAAGUUGAUUUGUCUUCGGGUUUAAUGAUAUAUUAUACGAUGGACACAGAUUACUAUUAUAUUUCGCGACUGGAAUUUUACGAUAAAAAAAAUUUCAAUCGUUUAGAGGACAGCUAUUCUAAUCACCAAGAUGCAUUGUACUUCUUAUUAAAGUUAUAUAAUGAAAACAUUAAUGUUGUUUUAGAUGAGAGUUGCAAAAUGCUUGAUCUAAUUCUGAAAAAUUCAGAUUUUGUAUGCCAUGUUGAUACUGAAAAGGUUAACUUAUUUAUGACUGAUGAUAUUUUAAAUAAGUAUACUGUCUUUGGACAGACAAAAAAACUUGUAUUAAAACUGCUGUUUUUUAUGAUUGAUAUAGCGUGUUUAGAUAGUUUUGUAAUCUAUCACGUGAACUUUAACAAUAACUUGUCUCGAAAGCAAUUUUUAAAAAAAUUAGGCUUGGCUCUUGUUAUUGAUCACAUUAAAAUGCGAGCUACCAGUCAAUAUUUACCGAGAGAACUACGAGCUGAGGCUUGUAUCCCUAGCGGAUCCAUUUACACGGUGUGCUACGGUGUAAACGCGGUGUAA